CGGCCUUAAGAAUAGUUUCUUCAUAUUUUUGAGAAGAGAAAGGUUAUGCGGUAAAAGUGUGAAGAGUGUGAAGAGACUUUUCCAAGAAUUUUUUGUUAAAGAAGCAUACUUCUUAAAAUAAUAAUCAAGAUGACGAUCGGCAAGAACAACAAGAUGUUGCAGCAUAUCAACUAUAGAGUUAGAAUCAUCUUGCAAGACUCUAGAACGUUCAUUGGCACUUUUAAGGCUUUUGACAAGCAUAUGAACUUGAUACUUGGUGACUGCGAGGAAUUUCGCAAGAUCAAGCCAAAGAAUACCAAGCAGCCUGAAAGGGAAGAGAAGCGUGUAUUGGGAUUUGUGCUUCUACGCGGCGAGAAUAUAGUGUCAUUGACUGUGGAAGGUCCGCCGCCUCCUGAGGAAGGAUUACCUAGAGUACCGAUUCCAGGAGCAGCGCCAGGACCAGGUAUGGCUCGUGCUGCAGGCAGAGGUAUGCCAGCAAACGUUGCGGGAGUACCAGCUGGACUUCAGGGUCCAGUCAGAGGUGUUGGAGGACCAUCCCAACAGAUCAUGACGCCUGGCAGCAGAGGUCAAGUCUCGGCACCACCUCAAAUACAUCCUGGUGGUCCACCGCGUAUGCCAGUUGGUGGACCGCCACCGGGCAUGAUGGGACCACCAGCUGGAAUGAUGGGUAUGCCACCUGGAAUGCCACCCAUAGGACGUGGUGGCCCACCAAUGGGGCCACCUGGGAUGAGGGGCCCACCUCCUGGAUUGAUGCGUGGUGGUCCCCCUCCUCGCCCAUAUUAAUUAUUAAGAUACCUUAUGAUAAUACAAUUAGAGACAAUAAGAAAUUUUUUGAUAAUAUUGAUAUAUUUACCCUAGUCUUUGCUUAACUUUCUUCAAUGAUGUGAAUGUGUAUCAAUUUUAUUAAAACUUGCAACAAAUGAUAAAAAAUUUAUUUGAUGGAUUUUCUAUAUCCCUGAAGUUCUUUAAAGCAGUAAUAUAAUGUAUUUUCGUUUUAGGAUAAUUCUCUUUGAUAAUGUUACACAGUUAUACAUAUAAAAAUAAGGUAUAUAUUAAUAAUUAUUAAUUUAAAGAGUUCAAGGAACGACCAAUUUACUUAUGUUUGAAUAUCUUUAUUUAUUUUACAAUUAGCUAUAAAUAUCAUCGUUUGUGCUUAUACACAGUUUGCAUUGGCGAUAUUACAUACAGAAUGUCUCAGAUUUACCGUAUCAAGUUUCAUUUAUGGAUUAGAUCCCUAAAUUUGACUGACAAUGAAUAUCAUGCAUGCGUAACUUUUUAUAAUUUUAUAAAUUUUCAGUACUAUAUGUUAAAAGUCUUAAAAAUUAAAGUUAAAAUAAGAUUUGCUUUAAUUGAAAGUAAUCUAUUAAAAUCAUUUUUUAUAAAAUAGAUAUGAGAAAUCUAAGACACUCUGUAGCUGCAGAAUAUAUGACGUGAUGGUUGAAAAAAUCUAAUGUCUCAUUUAUGAGGCAUCAUUUAUGAAGAUUAUAAUUGCACAAAUUAACUUGUAAAUUCGUACGAAUUUAGGCAAAAAUCUUUGCAACUUUCGGUAGAAAUCUUGCAUAAAAUAUAAUUAUAAUAAAAAAAUUCGAGUAACACAGUAUUGCAAUAUUAUGAACUGAAGGGCAGUGUCACUUUGCUUAAGAAAAAUAUAACUUUUUCCUGUUAAAAAUUGCACUUUUAGUGAAGAACAAAUUAUCAACUUGCCUCGAGCAAGUUUUAUUAAAACAGCAGAGAACGGUAUGUGUUUCUCUCUAUUGAUAAAAAUAACUAAAGCUAUCGUCGAAUUUUAAUUUAUAUACACACUUUAUUAAUGGCGGCGAGAGAAAAGAUUAUUCUUAUAUACCCAUCCUUAAAUAAACGUUUUCUCUUUAGUCCGAGAGUAUGUCGAUGUAUUUACAAGAUAUUUACAGCGCCGCUGCAACAGUAGCAUGAGCAAGUGACAGAUUCACAGAAUUAAAUUUCUAGUACUUAACAUUAUAAUAUCACAUUUACAGAAACGCGUUUAAUCUUACAUAUCUAUAGACAAAAGUACAAAAUUUUCGAAUAUGCGCCUGCAAUUUGACACAUUCAUUUACUUCUAUUUGCUAUGGAGCAUGUAAAAUUUAUAUCAUUGACUUUUAUCUCGAUAAUCUGUAGAACUAGAUAGAGCUGUGUUUCCUGCAUAUAUGGUAAAAAUAUGAAUCUUUAAUUGGGGAACCGCGUUUAAUAUUAAAUUACAUAGCUGCCCUAUAUAUUUACGAACACAUUCAAGGUAAAAAAAAAAAAAAA